UUGGAAAGAUGCGCUCCUUCCUGCUGUUCGCUGCCGUUGUGGGGCUCGCCUGCGGCGCUGCGGUGCCCAAAGGCCUACAUCAAGAGAAACACCACCGUUUCUCUGCAUCACGAUCCAGCCGCAACCUCCAAGAUGACCUUAACGACUUCCUGGCCCUCAUCCCCGUCGACGAAAUCGUCAACAUCGUCCUCACCUACGUCGCCAACGACGCUGAGGUGCAGGCCGCCCUCCAGUACCUCAUGUCUGACGAGUUCGAGAGCAUCGUCGUCUACAUUGACCAGCAGCCCGAGCUGUACGAUUUGCUGAACUUCCUCGAGGACUCGGGCCUUGACCCCUACAGCUUCCUCAACAUGAUCCACGACUUCCUGGGCAUUCCUCAGAUUACGAAACCCGCCAGCAGAAUGAGGAGGAGCAGCAGGAGCCUCAAGUCCAUGCUCGAUGAGAUCCUCGCCAUCCUCCCAGUCGACGAGCUGAAGGCUCUCUACAACGAGAAGCUGGAGACCAGCGCCGACUUUGCUGAACUCAUCAACAGGCUCAGCUCGGACGAGUUCCACCAACUGGUGCUGCGCGUGGGAGAGCUGGAGGCCGUGCAGAACAUGAUCCAGAUGCUCAGGGACGCCGGUAUCGACGUGGACGCCAUCGCCGACUUCUUCAGGAGGAUCUUCGGCUGGGCCUCAAAAGAAACAGCCUCCACCACAUUCAAGAUGAUCCAGCGGUUCCCAGCGAAAAAAUCCAGCCGCAACCUCCAAGAUGACCUGAACGACUUCCUGGCCCUCAUCCCCGUCGACGAAAUCGUCAACAUUGUCCUCACCUACGUCGCCAACGAUGCUGAGGUGCAGGCCGCCCUCCAGUACCUCAUGUCUGACGAGUUCGAGAGCAUCGUCGUCUACAUUGACCAGCAGCCCGAGCUGUACGAUUUGCUGAACUUCCUCGAGGACUCGGGCCUUGACCCCUACAGCUUCCUCAACAUGAUCCACGACUUCCUGGGCAUUCCUCAGAUUACGAAACCCGCCAGCAGAAUGAGAAGGAGCAGCAGGAGCCUCAAGUCCAUGCUCGAUGAGAUCCUCGCCAUCCUCCCAGUCGACGAGCUGAAGGCUCUCUACAACGAGAAGCUGGAGACCAGUCCCGACUUUGCUGAACUCAUCAACAGGCUCAGCUCGGACGAGUUCCAUCAACUGGUGCUGCGCGUGGGAGAGCUGGAGGCCGUGCAGAACAUGAUCCAGAUGCUCAGGGAUGCCGGUAUCGACGUGGACGCCAUCGCCGACUUCUUCAGGGGGAUCUUCGGCUGGGCCUCAAAAGAAACACCCUUCACCGCAUUCAAGAUGAUCCAGCGGUUCCCAGCGAAAAAAUCCAGCCGCAACCUCCAAGAUGACCUGAACGACUUCCUAGCCCUCAUCCCCGUCGACGAAAUCGUCAACAUCGUCCUCACCUACGUUGCCAACGACGCUGAGGUGCAGGCCGCCCUCCAGUACCUCAUGUCUGACGAGUUCGAGAGCAUCGUCGUCUACAUUGACCAGCAGGGCGAGCUGUACGAUUUGCUCAACUUCCUCGAGGACUCUGGCCUUGACCCCUACGGCUUCCUCAACACGAUCCACGACUUCCUGGGCAUUCCUCAGAUUACGAAACCCGCAAGCCGAAUUAGGAGGAGCAGCAGGAGCCUCAAGUCCAUGCUCGAUGAGAUCCUCGCCAUCCUCCCAGUCGACGAGCUGAAGGCCCUCUACAACGAGAAGCUGGAGACCAGCGCCGACUUUGCUGAACUCAUCAACAGGCUCAGCUCGGACGAGUUCCAUCAACUGGUGCUGCGCGUGGGAGAGCUGGAGGCCGUGCAGAACAUGAUCCAGAUGCUCAGGGACGCCGGUAUCGACGUGGACGCCAUCGCCGACUUCUUCAGGAAGAUCUUCGGUGAAAGUGAUAUAGAGGAGGACGUUAGUAAACAUGACAUUAUAAGCAGUGCAGGUGAAGUUAUUGUUGAUGGAAAGGUGCUUAAUGAUUUUAAUGCAGAAGGAUCUGAUAGGGAUUUCGCACGAUUUCCUGAAAAUGACAGCAUGGAAGAAAAUGAAAUGAAAGUUAUCGAAGAACCUCCAGAUGAUACUAUACUGGGGCAAGCCUUAACCAAUGUUUUGAAUGGAUGUGAAUUACAGGAACAAAAAGAACCACCAGAUAAAAUAAUAGCAGGACAGGAGAUGUUGUAUCUUGCAAAAGACUUUGAAAUUCCAAAAACUAAAAAGCCACCUGAUGAAACAAAACGUUGGCAAGAUCUGAAUAGGUGCCACCCUAGAAGCAGCGGUAUCGCAGUGCGGUCUACAGUUGGAAAGAUGCGCUUCUUCCUGCUGUUCGCUGCUGUCGUCGGCCUCGCCUGCGGCGCUGCGGUCCACAGGGGCCCAAAAUCUGAAAAAUUUCAACGCUUCCCUACGUCGAAAUCAAGCAGAAACCUUCAAGAUGACCUGAACGACUUCCUGGCCCUCAUCCCCGUCGACGAAAUCGUCAACAUCGUCCUCAACUACGUCGCCAACGAUGCUGAGGUGCAGGCCGCCCUCCAGUACCUCAUGUCUGACGAGUUCGAGAGCAUCGUCGUCUACGUCGACCAGCAGCCCGAGCUGUACGAUCUGCUCAACUUCCUCGAGUCCUCUGGCCUUGACCCCUACGGCUUCCUCAACACGAUCCACGACUUCCUGGGCAUUCCUCAGAUUACGAAACCCGCCAGCCGAAUGAGGAGGAGCAGCAGGAGCCUCAAGUCCAUGCUCGAUGAGAUCCUCGCCAUCCUCCCAGUCGACGAACUGAAGGCUCUCUACAACGAUAAGCUGGAGACCAGCGCCGACUUUGCUGAACUCAUCAACAGGCUCAGCUCGGACGAGUUCCACCAACUGGUGUUGCGCGUUUUGGAGCUGGACGCUGUGCAGGAGUUGAUCCAGAUGCUCAGGGACGCCGGUAUCGAUGUGGACGCCAUCAUGGACUUCAUCCGCAAUCUCUUCGGCUGGGCUGAUUCCGGCUCCUUGAAACUGAAGCCAUUCCAUGGUGCAAGGAUGAUCCAGCGUUUCCCAGCAAAAAAAUCCAGCCGCAACCUCCAGGAUGACCUGAACGACUUCCUGGCCCUCAUCCCCGUCGACGAAAUCGUCAACAUCGUCCUCAACUACGUCGCCAACGACGCUGAGGUGCAGGCCGCCCUCCAGUACCUCAUGUCUGACGAGUUCGAGAGCAUCGUCGUCUACGUCGACCAGCAGCCCGAGCUGUACGAUCUGCUCAACUUCCUGGAGUCCUCAGGCCUUGACCCCUACGGCUUCCUCAACACGAUCCACGACUUCCUGGGCAUUCCUCAGAUUACGAAACCCGCCAGCCGAAUGAGGAGGAGCAGCAGGAGCCUCAAGUCCAUGCUUGAUGAGAUCCUCGCCAUCCUCCCAGUCGACGAGCUGAAGGCUCUCUACAACGAUAAGCUGGAGACCAGCGCCGACUUUGCUGAACUCAUCAACAGGCUCAGCUCGGACGAGUUCCACCAACUGGUGUUGCGCGUUUUGGAGCUGGACGCUGUGCAGGAAUUGAUCCAGAUGUUGAGGGACGCUGGCAUCGAUGUGGACGCCAUCAUGGAUUUCAUCAGGAAUCUCUUCGGCUGGGCUGAUUCCAGCUCCUUGAAACUGAGACCUUACGUCAUAGUCAAGAAGAUCCAGCGCUUCCCAGCAAAAAAAUCCAGCCGCAACCUUCAGGAUGACCUGAACGACUUCCUGGCCCUCAUCCCCGUCGACCAAAUCGUCAACAUCGUCCUCAACUAUGUCGCCAACGAUGCUGAGGUGCAGGCCGCCCUCCAGUACCUCAUGUCUGACGAGUUCGAGAGCAUCGUCGUAUACGUCGACCAGCAGCCCGAGCUGUACGAUCUGCUCAACUUCCUCGAGUCCUCUGGCCUUGACCCCUACGGCUUCCUCAACACGAUCCACGACUUCCUGGGCAUUCCUCAGAUUACGAAACCCGCCAGCCGAAUGAGGAGGAGCAGCAGGAGCCUCAAGUCCAUGCUCGAUGAGAUCCUCGCCAUCCUCCCAGUCGACGAGCUGAAGGCUCUCUACAACGAUAAGCUGGAGACCAGCGCCGACUUUGCUGAACUCAUCAACAGGCUCAGCUCGGACGAGUUCCACCAACUGGUGCUGCGCGUUCUGGAACUGGACGCUGUGCAGGAGUUGAUCCAGAUGCUGAGGGACGCUGGCAUCGAUGUGGACGCUAUCAUGGAUUUCAUCAGGAAUCUCUUCGGCUGGGCUGAUUCCAGUUCCUUGAAGCUGAGGCCUAUCAUCGCAGUCAAGAAGAUCCAGCGCUUUCCCGCAAAAAAAUCCAGCCGCAACCUGCAGGAUGACCUGAACGACUUCCUGGCCCUCAUCCCCGUCGACGAAAUCGUCAACAUCGUCCUCAACUACGUCGCCAACGAUGCUGAAGUGCAGGCCGCCCUCCAGUACCUCAUGUCUGACGAGUUCGAGAGCAUCGUCGUAUACGUCGACCAGCAGCCCGAGCUCUACGAUCUGCUCAACUUCCUCGAGUCCUCUGGCCUUGACCCCUACGGCUUCCUCAACACGAUCCACGACUUCCUGGGCAUUCCUCAGAUUACGAAACCCGCCAGCCGAAUGAGGAGGAGCAGCAGGAGCCUCAAGUCCAUGCUCGAUGAGAUCCUCGCCAUCCUCCCAGUCGACGAGCUGAAGGCUCUCUACAACGAGAAGCUGGAGACCAGCGCCGACUUUGCUGAACUCAUCAACAGGCUCAGCUCGGACGAGUUCCACCAACUGGUGCUGCGUGUUCUGGAGCUGGAUGCUGUGCAGGACUUGAUCCAGAAGCUGAGGGACGCCGGUAUCGAUGUGGAUGCCAUCAUGGACUUCUUCAGGAAGAUCUUCGCAGCGACCAAGUCUGCACCCCAGCCGUGUGAGGAAGGAGAGCAUCAGCAAAUCGAUUCGAGCUCAGACACGGCGAUGCGGGAAGUGCCUACUGCUUGUCGUGAUCCACAUGAAACGGACACGCGCUCCCGCAAGCAGAGGUCACCCAAUCGACGAAUGAAGAGGAGGCUGUCUACAGGAAAUGAUUCUCGAGGUGGUGACAAGUUGCACGAGGAUGAGGAAAAUCCGUCUGCGGCCAGCGCUGUUGACCUCACACCAAAGGUUCCUGGUUUGCUGCUGGCAACGUCCGCCCAAGGACAAAGCCAAGAUGACGAUGCUCAGGUCACCUUCGAGCCCACUGGCGAUUUUGCGGCUAAGACACCGGAAGAACACCAUGCGUCGCCUAACAUACCACAGCUCCAGCUUGGUGGUUGGCUGUCCGAGAUGGAGAUGGAAAGAAUGAUAUCAGGCGGCUCGUUGGACGGACAUCUUGUCUCAAUCCGAUCAAUAAUAUGUACGAAUGCAGAUGUAGAUGGAGGUGAACAGACAUAUCUCUACACGAAGUCUUACCAAGAAAAGAUAAAUAUUUUUCACCUAUAUCCUAUAUGCUGUGGACCAAAAACUGAAAAAUUACAACGCUUCCCUACAUCGAAAUCCAGCCGUAACCUCCAAGAUGACCUGAACGACUUCCUUGCCCUCAUCCCCGUCGACGAAAUCGUCAACAUCGUCCUCAACUACGUCGCCAACGAUGCUGAGGUGCAGGCCGCCCUCCAGUACCUCAUGUCUGACGAGUUCGAGAGCAUCGUCGUCUACGUCGACCAGCAGCCCGAGCUGUACGAUCUGCUCAACUUCCUCGAGUCCUCAAGCCUUGACCCCUACGGCUUCCUCAACACAAUCCACGACUUCCUGGGCAUUCCUCAGAUUACGAAACCCGCCAGCCGAAUGAGGAGGAGCAGCAGGAGCCUCAAGUCCAUGCUUGAUGAGAUCCUCGCCAUCCUCCCAGUUGACGAGCUGAAGGCUCUCUACAACGAGAAGCUGGAGACCAGCGCCGACAUUGCUGAACUCAUCAACAGGCUCAGUUCCGACGAGUUCCACCAACUGGUCCUGCGUGUUUUGGAGCUGGAUGCUAUGCAGAACUUGAUCCAGAUGCUGAGGGAUGCCGGUAUCGAUGUGGAUGCCAUCAUGGAUUUCUUCAGAAAUCUCUUCGGUUGGGCUGAUUUCGGCUCUUUGAAACUGAGACCUAUUGUAGCAGUCAAGAAGAUCCAGCGCUUCCCCACAAAAAAAUCCAGCCGCAACCUGCAGGAUGACCUGAACGACUUCUUGGCCCUCAUCCCUGUUGACGAAAUCGUCAACAUCGUCCUCAACUACGUCGCCAACGAUGCUGAGGUGCAGGCCGCCCUCCAAUACCUCAUGUCUGAUGAGUUCGAGAGCAUCGUCGUCUACGUCGACCAGCAGCCCGAGCUGUACGAUCUUCUCAACUUCCUCGAGGACUCUGGCCUUGACCCCUACGCCUUGCUGAACGCGAUCCACGACUUCCUGGGCAUUCCCCAGAUUACGAAACCCGCCAGCCGAAUGAGGAGGAGCAGCAGGAGCCUCAAGUCCAUGCUCAAUGAGAUCCUCGCCAUCCUCCCAGUCGACGAGCUGAAGGCUCUCUACAACAAGAAGCUGGAGACCAGCCCCGACUUUGCUGAACUCAUCAACAGGCUCAGCUCGGACGAGUUCCAUCAACUGGUGUUGCGUGUUUUGGAGCUGGACGCUAUGCAGAACUUGAUCCAGAUGCUGAGGGACGCCGGUAUCGAUGUGGAUGCCAUCGUGGACUUCUUCAGGAAUCUCUUUGGUUGGGCUGAUUCUGGCUCUUUGAAACUGAGACACAUUGUCCCAGUGAAGAUGAUCCAGCACUUCCCAGCAAAAAGAUCCAGCCGCAACCUGCAGGAUGACUUGAAUGACUACCUGGCCCUCAUCCCCGUCGACGAAAUCGCCGCCCUCCAGUACCUCAUGUCGGACGAGUUCGAGAGCAUCGUCGUCUACGUCGACCAGCAGCCCGAACUGUACGAUCUGCUCAACUUUCUCGAGUCCUCUGGCCUUGACCCCUAUGGCUUCCUCAAAACGAUCCACGACUUCCUGGGCAUUCCUCAGAUUUCGAAACCCGCCAGCCGAAUGAGGAGGAGCAGCAGGAGCCUCAAGUCCAUGCUCGAUGAGAUCCUCGCCAUCCUCCCAGUCGACGAGCUGAAGGCUCUCUAGAACGAGAAGCUGGAGACCAGCCCUGACUUUGCUGAACUCAUCAACAGGCUCAGUUCAGACGAGUUCCACCAACUGGUGUUGCGCGUUUUGGAGCUGGACGCUGUGCAGGACUUGAUCCAGAUGCUGAGGGACGCCGGUAUCGAUGUGGAAGCCAUCAUGGACUUCUUCAGGAAGAUCUUCGGCUGGACGUUUUAA